AUGCUAGCUUUAACUCCAAUCAUCGGCAUCAUCAUCGCGGCUGCGAUUCUAUCUCGGCUCUUAAUGAUAGGACACCGGCCCAAGAAUUACCCUCCUGGCCCGCCGACUCUACCUAUUCUAGGAAACAUUCACCAGAUCCUUGGUACCCUGCAUUCCAUAUUGAGAACAGUCGUAUUGCAGAUGCCCUCGCGAGAUGCUCAUCUCCAAUUCGAGAAUUGGGCACGUGAAUACGGUCCAGUCUAUAGCCUCAUGUUGGGUACAAAAUGUCUAAUCGUGCUGUCUAGUGACGAAGCCGUCAAAGAGUUACUAGACAAAAGAAGUGGCAUUUACUCAGACCGACAGGAGAUGUACAUCGGCCAAACCUUGUGCAGUGGAGGUUUGAGAUUAUUGAUGAUGGGAUAUGGACCGAAGUGGCGCGGGUUCCGUAAAAUGGUGCACGGCUUGCUGAAUGUGACCACCUCGAAUAAAUACGUCGCUUAUCAAAUGUUGGAGAAUAAGCAAAUGCUCUACCAGUUUCUUAAACAGCCAGACAAGUUCUUACGGCACAUUCGUCGUUACUCAAACGCACUUACGACGACAAUGGUAUUUGGAUGGCGCACGCCUACAUACGAGGACCCCAAGAUGAUGCAGCUCUUCGACGGCUUCUCUGAAUUUGCGGUCAUCAACCAGACCGGGACAGCGGCUCUCAUUGACUUCUUCCCUUGGCUCCGAACGCUACCCGGGUUCCUUCUCCCAGUCCAGCAAAAGGCGAAAGAGCUUCACAUGCAUGAAAAGGCUCUGUAUUUGUCACAUUGGAUGCGUGCUAAACAAGAAACGCAAGAUAAUACCAUCAAGCCAUGUUUCUGUGCUGGGAUGAACGAGGCGCAAAACAAAGACGGCUUCAGUGACGACCAGGCAGCCUACAUAUCCGGAACCUUGCUCGAAGCCGGGUCCGACACCACAUCUAGCACACUAUACGCAUUUGUGCAAGCCAUGCUUCUGUUCCCUGAAGUUCAACGUAAAGCCCACAAGGAGAUCGACGAAAUUAUCGGACCCGACCGGCUGCCCGAUAUGGAUGACCUACCCAAGCUGCAGUACAUUCGCGGCUGCAUGAAGGAAACACUUCGUUGGAUGCCGACGACUAUUCUUGGCGCAGUUCCUCAUGCGGUGACCCAAGAUGAUGUGUACAAGGGUUAUCUCAUUCCGAAGGGCGCUGGAGUGAUAAACAACGUGUGGGGUAUUGGGAUGGAUCCCGAUCGACACCCGAGUCCACGCACCUUUGAUCCGGAUCGGUAUCGAGAGGACUAUCAGAGUCUUGGCGAUGCAGCAGCUAACCCGGACGCAUCAAAGCGAGAUGCAUUUACUUUUGGUGCCGGGCGCCGGAUCUGUCCUGGGAUUCAUGUCGCGGAGCGCAGUCUGUUUCUCGGCAUGUCGCGUAUCCUGUGGGCUUUCAGUAUCGAGCCUGUUUUGAAUGAAAAGGGCUUGCCCAUCCUGCCUGAUCCUGACCGCUUGACUCAAGGCUUUGUCUGUAUGCCUGAGGAAUUUCCCGCUAGCAUAAUUCCGAGGUCGCAGGCACGUGCAGAUAUGGUGGUUCGAGAGUGGAAGAAGGCCGAGGAACUGCUGGAUCCAGAGACGAAGCAAUGGCUGCAGCCGCCCGUGGAGACCAUUUCGUCUUGA